UGCCAUCGAAUCAUUUAUAGAAAUUAUAUAUUUAGAUUCUAAAAUGAAUGUGGGAAACCAUAGCACUCCUUUCUUGAUUCUGGCAAUUGACACAGGUUCAAGUGAUUCUAGUUCUAAGCAGAACUUAUAUCUUUACCCAGGAGAUGAUGUCAAGAUGAAGGCAGUAGAGUUCUGUGCUACCUAUAAUUUAUCAAAUGAAGCAGUCCCAAUCAUCGUAAAUCAUGUGAAAUCGGUCCUUGAUCAGCACCAAAAGAAACUUGAUGAUAUAAAUUCAACUCCCUCGUGGCAGCAAAGCUCGAUGGCAAGAAUUGAUGAUUCAAAAUUGGCCCAGGCGCAAUCAGAAGGUGAAAAGAGAGAAAGCUGCUAUAAUCCCAAGAUGCAGAGAAAUAUUGACCUCCACUCUCCAAGUUCUUUGUUUGAAUCAAGCGACAAGAAACCCUCAAGAAUGGCCACGAUAAAUGAAGAUUUGUUAGAGAGCCAGCAAAAUUCAAGUGCCAAAAAGACCCGGAAUAAUGAAGAUUUAAAAGAUGUUGCUGAAUUUGGAUCGCCUAACCCUCAGAAUUCUUCAGAGAUGUCCUCCAUGACAAACAUCUUAGGGAGUAAAGGCCCUGGCUCUAGUGUCAAAAGUGCUAGGCAUUCAGCUAGAAAAUAACAUUGGAUCCAGAAUAGCCAAGAAGACAAAGAAAAUUGACCACACAAGAUCCUCUCAAGACUGGAUUGCUUCUCCAACUGACAAUUAUCUGAAAGCCUUCAAGAAAAGCAUUAAGACAACUAGAGCAUACAAGACAAAGAAAAGCAAGACUCGUAAGAAGGCAAACAUUGUCAAGAAAGGUCUCCCAUUUGGUUCUCUUAAAAAGUUCUCUGUAAACUAUGACAGCAAAGACAUAAGCUACCAAGGAGCAUCAUGCGAGAACGUGUUUCAAAGACAAGUCAAUAAAAGGAGAAAAUCACGACAAAGCUUGGUAAACAAGUAUAAGAAAAGAAAUAAUAGUGUGACCUGAAGCUUUAAGCCAACAAUAAAUUCUCACUCAAAAUUCAUUAUUGAGGAUAAAUCUUAUCGAAGUCUCGAAAGAGACUAUUCUGAUAAAGAUGUAAGCCAAAAUGGGUCUCAGACAUGUAAAAAUGCUUAUGACAAAAAUAUCACCAAGCAAAGAAUUAUUGGAAAAGUUUAUAAAGAGAAUAUCCCUACCAAUCAGAAGAAAAACAUUGAAAGAGAAUGAACAUUCAAGCCGAAGUUAAACAAACUUAGCAGAAAGAUUGUAAAAUCUAUCAGAGGAGACUCUCUUUCAUCAAGAAAAUCAGGAAGUGGAUCUAGGACAAGUAAAGAAAUAUUUAAUAAACUCUAUGAAGAUUCCAAAGAGCACAAGAAAAGACUUGAAUUGAUGACCAAAAAGGCUCAAAAAUAGUUCCCCUAACUUUAAACCAGAGAUAAGCACAAGCAGAACAACAAAAUCAAAAGACAAUAACAAGAGAAGCUUCUUAUGCCCUAAACAGUUUGAAAAGUUCAGGAAAGAAGGAUGUAAAUCAAGGUAUGGAAUGGCAAAGCCCUUUCACAAACAUACCAAUAUACGAAAUAAAAGGUCUCCUUCAGGAUCAAACUCACGAUCAAUCAGUAAAACUAUUAAUGAUUUGUUUAUCAAAGAUUCUCGUGUAAACACUAGCAGAAUCAUUAAUGGAGAGUGUAAAAGAAUCUAUCAAGACAGUAAAAUUAAAUUCACAAAAUAUCUUAACAGGAAAAGAACUGCCCACCCAACUACUCAUCAGAGGUCUAAAUCAAGCAAAAUCAUGCAGAAAAUAAGAGCUAAACGAUGCAAAGAGCUGUUUGACAAGCUUGACAGUGAUAAAGAUGGGCUAAUUUCCUCUGAAAAGAUUGAUAUCCUCCAAGUCAGCAAUGAAAUAAUUGAUAUAAUCACACCAUUCCUACUAGAGAUAGAAGAUAAACAACUAGAGCUAGACUAUUCACAGUUCUAUACAAUGAUCAUUCAGUUCGGAAAAUCAUUGAACAUAGAUGAGAAGAAUGCUCUUUUUGGAAGAGCAAGAGCAGUAAAUAGGAAUACCGAUGCUACUAGUACCUUUUUGUAUCCCUCUGAGAGCCAUACUUUGGAUAGUCAUAAAGGGCUUAGUAAUACAUCCCACAAGAACAUUACAGCUGAAAAACCAAAGGAAAAAGAGUCGUACAAAAGACCUCUAAAUAUGGAGAAAGUAGCAAGGGAACUCAAAAAAUGAUCUUCAAAACCUUCUAUUUUGGAAUACAGCUCGAGAAAUAGAAAGAUUAACAAAUUCUUCACUGGCGCCAGAAAGAAAUUUAAGAUGUAAAAGAUGCCAAAUUACUGAAUUUAUUCUUAAAGCCU